AUGGAGGUCGCCCCGCCCCCGCAGCUGCAGCUCCUCGGCGACAGCUUCUCCCGCGGGUGGCUGACGAAGCGAGGCGCGCGGGAGCCGUCGCUCGAGCGCCUCGUCGUCGACGCCGACCUCGGUCAUUCCAUCGGCAGCUCCAGGUCGUUCUCGUUCAUCGACAUGGACCCCGCCGAGCUCUUCUCCUUGCGGUGGACGACCACGGCCACGGCGCCGCCGGAGAGCGACUUCGACUUCGGCCUUAUUCCCGGCGGCGGGGGCGGUGGCAGUGACCCCCCGACCCCGGUGCUGGUCAGCGCGAGCCGGGUCAUCCGCAACGGCCGCCUCCUCCCCGGCGACCCCGCCGUCCUCCAGGAACGCGCCGCCGACCCGCCCAGCGCGCCGCGGUCGCCGCUGUUCCGUUCGGCCCACAGCACGCCGGCCUCCCCGUCCCCGUCCCCGUCCCCGAGCUCGUGCUCCAGCGGGAGGCGCGCGUCGUCGUGGAAGAUACUGCUGCAGUACGUCCGGUUCCUGGUGCCGCUGUACCGGAAGGUGAGGGCCAUGCGGCGGUUCCCGGCGCGUCGGCGCCGGCCCCGCGUGGCGCCGGCCAGCCCGGCGCGCGCGUCCACGUCCAGCCUCGAGUGGUGCCACGGCAAUGCCGACACCGCCGUCCGCGACGCCAUCCUCUACUGCAAGAAGUCCAGCGUACGUCCUACGUCCUUGGCUUCUCUUCCACCGACCACCGAAUCAAACCAAAUCCAGCACGGACACUGGCGACCUUCGUCCUCUCCGACUGACACCACCAUCUCUGCACAAAUUUUUCAGGGACAAGACGCAUACACGACCUUGACGUGA